CCAACCCAUUGCCCCACCCAGAACUGUGUGUAAGGGGACAUAUAAACAGAAAGUGUUGCUUUAGCACUUGGAUGUUAUGGGUUUACAAAUCAUAAUGAUGCACUAGAAGCUGGCUGGUCCCUGUGCAGAAAUGGCCUGGAUCAGAGCUGGAGAGCUAAAUCAGCCCCAUAUAUUUUACCAGCUCAGUACCUCCACUGCCAGGGUGUCCAGCACUCAGGAGAACUGGGUGUGAGUCACAUGUGGUGGUGGGGAGAGUUUACAUCAAACUCAGUGGCAGUUGUACCAACCUCUGCCACAGCCAGCCUUGAUCCUGGGCAUCCUAGGGAAUAAGCCCAGCCUCUUGUGCAUUUCUUUCAAAUUCCCUUUUGCCAUCUUCUGCCAUUUGUUGCUCCUGUGUUAGCCAAGACCUAGUUUACUAGGGCUCUUGAUUGGAGACUUAUUACAGCUUAUUUCUGUCUGCCUUUCUUUAAAGCCAGCUGAACAUACCCAAUGCUCUUCCUCUAUGAACGCAGAGGAAAACUCUCGCAUCUCCAUCACCUUCUUCCGACUCUUCCGCGUGAUGCGCCUCGUGAAGCUGCUGAGCCGAGGGGAGGGCAUCCGGACGCUGCUCUGGACCUUCAUCAAGUCCUUCCAGGCUCUCCCCUAUGUGGCUCUUUUAAUAGUGAUGCUGUUCUUCAUCUACGCUGUGAUCGGGAUGCAGGUGUUUGGUAAAAUUGCGCUGAACGAUACCACAGAAAUCAACCGCAACAAUAACUUCCAGACCUUCCCCCAGGCAGUGCUGCUGCUUUUCAGGUGUGCCACAGGUGAGGCCUGGCAGGAAAUCAUGCUGGCCUGUCUCCCAGACAAGAAGUGUGACCCGGAGUCAGAGCCGGCCAACUCCACAGAAGCCGAUCACUCCUGCGGCAGCAGCUUCGCCGUCUUCUAUUUCAUCAGCUUCUACAUGCUCUGUGCCUUCCUGAUCAUCAAUCUUUUUGUAGCUGUUAUAAUGGAUAACUUCGAUUACCUGACACGGGACUGGUCCAUUUUAGGACCACACCACCUGGAUGAGUUUAAAAGGAUCUGGGCAGAGUAUGACCCUGAAGCUAAGGGACGGAUCAAGCACCUGGACGUGGUGACGCUGCUCCGGCGGAUCCAGCCCCCGCUGGGCUUCGGGAAGCUCUGUCCUCACAGGGUGGCUUGCAAACGCCUUGUCUCCAUGAAUAUGCCACUCAACAGUGAUGGGACUGUCAUGUUCAAUGCCACUCUCUUUGCCCUGGUCAGAACAGCCCUGAGGAUCAAGACAGAAGGUAACCUGGAGCAAGCCAACGAAGAGCUGAGAGCAAUAAUUAAGAAAAUCUGGAAGCGCACCAGUAUGAAGCUGCUGGACCAGGUGGUUCCUCCUGCAGGUGAUGACGAGGUGACCGUGGGCAAGUUCUACGCCACGUUCCUGAUCCAGGAAUAUUUCCGCAAGUUCAAGAAGCGCAAAGAGCAGGGGCUGGUGGGGAAGCCGUCCCAGCGCAACGCGCUGUCCUUACAGGCUGGGCUGCGCACACUCCACGACAUUGGGCCAGAGAUCCGACGAGCAAUUUCUGGAGACCUGACAGCUGAGGAAGAGCUGGACAAGGCCAUGAAAGAAGCUGUUUCUGCUGCCUCUGAAGAUGAUAUCUUCCGGAGAGCUGGAGGCUUUGGAAACCAUGUGAGCUACUACCAAAGUGAUGGCAGGAGUGGGUUCCCCCAGACAUUCACCACCCAGAGACCUUUGCACAUCAACAAGUCUGGCAACAACCAUGGAGAUACCGAGUCUCCGUCUCACGAGAAGCUGGUGGACUCCACCUUCACUCCCAGCAGCUACUCAUCUUCAGGCUCCAAUGCCAACAUCAACAAUGCCAACAACACUGCCCUGUGUCGCUUCCCCAGCCCACCCAGCUACCCCAGCACUGUCAGCACAGUGGAAGGCCACGGGACCCCCUUGUCACCCACCAUAUGUGUGCAGGAGGCUCCCUGGAAACUCCCAUCCAAAAGGACACAUUACUACGAGACCCUGGGACGCUCCAGUUCCAGAGACAGCCAGCUGGCAAUUGUUUGCCAAGAGGAAGUGUCUCAGGAUGAGACUUAUGAUGAAAAUUUGAAUGAAGACAUUGAGUACUGUAGUGAACCAAGUCUGCUCUCUACCGAAAUGCUUGCAUACCAAGAUGAUGAAAACAGACAACUCACUCUGCCAGAAAACACCAAAGGAGAGGACAGCCGGCACUCUCCGAAGAAGGGGUUUCUGUGCUCCUCAGCUCUAGGUCGAAGAGCAUCUUUUCACUUAGAGUGUUUGAAAAGACAGAAAAACCAGGGCGUGGAUGUCUCACAAAAGACAGUCCUGCCUUUGCAUCUGGUCCAUCAUCAGGCAUUAGCAGUGGCCGGCCUGAGUCCCCUGCUCCAGCGAAGCCAUUCCCCCACCACGUUUUCUCGGCUGUGUGCUACACCCCCGGCCACGCCCUGCAACCGCGGCUGGCCGCAACAAACCAUCCCGACGCUGCGCCUGGACGGGGCGGAAUCCUCGGAGAAGCUCAACAGCAGCCUGCCGUCCGUGCACUGCGGCUCCCGGUACCCCGAGAGCGGCGGCAGCCCCCGGAGAGCCCGGCCCGUGUCCCUGACCGUGCCCAGCCCCAGCGCGGGGAGCAGCCGGCAGCUCCACGGCAGCGCCAGCAGCCUGGUGGAAGCGGUCUUGAUUUCGGAAGGACUGAUGCAGUUUGCUCAAGAUCCAAAGUUCAUUGAGGUCACAACCCAGGAGCUCGCAGACGCCUGCGACAUGACGAUAGAAGAGAUGGAAAAUGCAGCAGACAACAUUCUCAAUGAAGUGCCUCACUGUUCUCGUGACCUGGAGUAACCGGAACAGCGUUCUUCAUUCAUUUCUGUUGGGACGAGUCGCAGAGUUGGGUGGUGUAAGAAAGCUUUUCAGGAGCGGAUAUAACCCCAGCACGUGUCCGUGAAGGAAGAGUGAGGAGGAGGAGAAGAAGAGGAGGAGAGCCAGCUCCCUCUUUUUUUCAGUCCCUGCACAAGGAACGACAGCUGCCUCCGGAGCACCAAGGGGAACCUCAGCUUCCUGUGGAUGGCCCUAGCCAAAAGGACCCUGCACCAAACGGGUGUCUUUCAACCUUGCUUGUAAAAAUCAUUUUGCACAUAUUCUGUACGAGCCUCACCGUCUCCAUAAAGCCAAGGCCCUUUGAUUGGGAGGGAGAGGAAGACUUCUGCUGUGGAUUCCCACACGGCCACGGGGAGGAGGAAGCAGGAGAAGCCCGCGGGCGCUCAAGGCGCGGCCCAGCCCUGCCGAGACUCCCGCAGUGGCCCUUGCCGGCCAAUCACAGCUCGGACGGUCGCUCGCCAGCCAAUCCGAGCUCAGGCGGUCUCCUGUCGGCCAAUCAGAGCUCAGCGCGCCAAUUGUGCCAGCCAAUGGGAUAGCAGGCAUGGCGGCGAGGCUGAGAGGCCGCGGCCUGUGCAGAGUUCUUGUUUCGCAGUUUGGCAUUUUCUUGAAAGCAUGUUGCAGUUUUUAUUUUGACUAAUUUUUUUUUUUUUUUUUUGAGGGAGAAGGGAGUGUUUACAGCGUUUUGUAAUCACCUACCUUUUUUUGUUUUGGUUUAUUUUCACCUUUGCAGAUGUUAAAUUGGUUUGAUUAUGUUGUAUUAUUUAAACUGGGGGGGCAGGGUUGGUUUCUCCAUUGGAAUUUGGUAGAAGUAUAACGAUAAAUGAGUUUUACCAACCAUUAUGUACACCGAGAAUUUGUAAUUUUAUUUACUAGCAACCGAAACCUUUUUUUGUUGUUGUUUUAUAAUUUAAAGAUAGUCGGCAAUGCACUUGAUAUAGUCUUGCACAUUUGAGUGACUGAUUUGGGUUCUUUUUAGUGCUAAGCGUACCUGCGAGUGUGGGAGCAAUAGGAGCGAGUGCGUGUGCGUGCGUGUGUGUAAGAGCAGUUCUCCAUGUCCUGGUUUGAGCUGCGGGAGAUCUGUAUCUGGGGCCAUUCGAAUGCAAAAACAAACCACUGUCUCUGCUUUCGAAAAGGGAAUCAGUAACUUUGCAUUUUCUGUUCCACAAGAUAUGCAAAAACAAUGCAAUAAUAUUGAUUUUAAAAUAAAAUUGUAAGUUGUGUUGGCAUUAAAACUGUAUAGAAAAAGAAAUUUACAGGGGUGAGGGGAAACAAAAACAAACAAACAAACCAGAAGACGUUACGCUUCGAUAUAUUCCGUGUGAUGUUUUAUUGCAUUGAUAAUGUUUCUGUUGAAGAAACCGUUAUACUUGAAUUCAGGUCAGUUUCAGUAUUUUUCAAAUAUUUUUUUAAAAUGAAUUGCAAUUGUGCCAAGCAAAGAUAAUGAAUUGAAUUAAGUUUGUUUAAAAAAAAAAAAAAAGAAAAAGAAUCACUCCUUGUAUAUUUUGCUGCAUGUCAAGUGAAUCAUUUCGUAUUUGGAAUGUGCCAAGCUUUACCUUUGAACUGUUAAGUGCUUUUUUACGUGUGGUUGGGGAACGGGUACUGUUUUUUUUUUUUUCCUUUUUUAAUUUGUAUGAUGAACAAAGUGUACCUGGUGUAAGUAACUAUUCUGCAAUCCACUGACAGUUUGAACGUUACUGAUUUUGCAUAUCUUGUGUUCAUUUUCCUUCUUCCUCACUCCCUUUUAACAUGCACGAUGACUUUAUCGGUAGAGAAUCUUUCUUCCCAAGACUGGGACAUUUUAUUCUGGCUUUGUUUUCUUUCCUUUUGCUCAGUUCCUCUAAAGGUCUCGUCCUAUUCAAGGGUGGCAAGACCCCCAAAGCCCAUUUGGCAGAUCCAUCCUACACAUUCAGCUGGCACCAGCAAUUUAAGGAACAGGGGAGACAAAAGUCUGCCUUCAAAAUUAUUUUAUAAAAUAGCUGAACCCUGAUCAAUUUGAGCAGGAUCCUGAGAUAAGAAAUGCAAGAAUCGGAAUAGGUGGCAAAGUAAAGUUAUCUGACCCUGGUCUGGGCUGAAAGCAGAGGGAGAGGGAGAGAGCUGUGAAUCUUUAUUAGGAGAAUUGCUGCAGUGUGAUCAAGAUGCAGGUGCGAAAGGACUUUUUCGUGUUCCUGUGCAUGGUCUCAGUCCUCUUCCAAGACUUGAGUGGAUGGGUCAGGUACUAAGUCACAAAACAUCUGGUAGCACAGCAUGUCCCAGCCACAGUUCCUGACUACUAAGUGUGAAACUCUCUCACACUGACAGUUGACCCUAACCCUGAGAGCGGUUGAAAAAACAGGCACGUAUUGUUAGAUUUUAUGCAACUGAUCUUUGUCUAGACUACUGCUGUUUUUUCUCCCUCCUCAGGAUGAUUCACAAACUUGUAGAUCAGUUCUGAGUCCUGAGGUAUGAUCUGACUCAGAGCUAAACUUUGAUUUAAAUCUCGAGCUCUGCAGAUGUCUGAGGACACUCUUCACUGCAUACAUUGAUUACAUUAUUUUUGUAACGCUCUUGUUUUUCUUCUCAAUUCUCUGGGGCAUGAAGGAGAAACAGCAAAGGGUAUUUUUGACUGUAGUUUUUGAACCGGCUGGUAUCAGCUCAAGAUACCAUGGAAAAAACCAAAUACUAGAGAAAUAUGAAGCCAUUUGUACAAGCAUCUGUCAUAAAUCAUAAUUCAAGGCCUCCCUAGAGAAAGUAACCAGCUGAUGUGGGUCAGUCUCAUCCUUUCAUCCCUGGUGCCUGUAUGGAGAUGGGCACACACAAUUGUCUCCCUGUGAGUUUGCUGCUGCUGGUGCUGAUGUGCUUCAAAGGUAUUUGAAAGGGAAAAAUGCCCGUGCCUGGCUGCUCCUGAAAAUGCCAUGUAAGGGCUCCCUAACUCAUUUUCUUUCACUGCAAAGUCCAUCUAACCCUCCAAAUGGAAGACACUCGUGAAAACACAGUGCUUACCUAAAUUAGUGGUGACAAAGAGCACUUUGGAUGCCUGACAGUCCAUCUUUUAGGAUUGUUCUUGACGGGAAGGAAAAAUGACAGGAAGGAUUGUGCCCCGGGCAUUCUUAGUGAAAGCUGCUACUCCCUCGGGGGGCAGAGCCUGCAAUGGCCAGGGGAAACCCCACUUUACCCUGGAAGACCCAGUAGGUGCUGCAGAGUGGAAAAUGUAUGGCUAGCAGAGAAUGCAAAUUACUUCAGUUUGAGGGGCAGGAGUUAAAUUUAGUAAUUGCUGGUGCCAGCUGUCCAAACUUCUCUUUCUGGGGAGGGUGGCUUUUUCUUUCUUUUUCGUUUGAGGUACUUCCAGUGUGCACAUUGUGACAGGCCUGAGCAAAGAGCUGCUGCCUUCUGCAAGUGAGGCAGUCUAGGGGACAGUGGGAAGGAGGGGGCAGGGUCAGUUCCUGGAGUGUUUCCCUGUGCAUGGGAGUGGAUGGUGGGUACAAUCACCGUGCUGUGGAUGGAAGCUUUGAAGGAAGCGACGGCUGAGAAAUGGCGUGGAAGGAAAGAAUGGGGAAAACAAUCUGCUGUUUGCCUCUGAGCUUCUCUGACUCACAAGAGGACACUGCAGACUAAAGACAUUCCUUAUAAAACAACAAACCUCCUCCCUGUAUCACUCCUGCUCAUUAGUCCAGACACUACUGGGCCAGCCACAUCAGGUGCAUUUCUUUUUUUCUUCCUUAUUUCUGUGUGGCUGACAUGAUGGGAAAGCAAGUGGAACUCGGGAUCCAGAGCUGGAGUUUCGUUGUCCACAGACCUUUUGUGCAUCAUCUGCCUCUUCAGCUGGACAUGUGGACGAUGAUGGUGUAGAUGCUGCUGCUACUGCAGGAGUCCCACCUGUUUUCUUGCCCUGCUCACCACACCCCGGCACGGAGGGACAGCCAGAGAGGCGCCAUGUACAGAACCGCAUCUAUUUCUGCUUUGUUUUCUGACUCUCAACCCUGCCCCAGUGACUACAACAACAACAACAAAAAAAGGGCAAAUGCAUUUUUUACAUUUCUUGAUAAUUUCCAAAGCAAUGUAUCAUUGCUUUCUUUAGACUGACGCCAAUAUAACAGUUGUAUGGGUCUCAGCCAGGCUCCUGUGUCUUUUCUGCCUGAGUUUCAGAUUGCUGUACGAAAUGUAUGCGUGUUUGCACACAGACACAACCAGACGAGGCGGCAGUACCCCGAGCCCGUGGGGUUGGUCACCUGUGUCACAGAUGGAGUUGGAGGCCUUCCUUCAUACGUGUAGAUGAGAAACCCCAACCCCACUGGUCCAGGCAGCUGAAGUGAAGCAGCCCUACUGGGACAGAACUGAGAAUCCUGAGCUACAUCCAUGGCCCUGCUGUGACUGUCCCCACAGCAGGGACAGUGGCAGGGAGAGGAACACUGAAUGGGGAAUUUGGAGCACAACAAUUCUGAAGUAGAAUCCAGUCGGGGGGUUCUGGUAGCCGUGAGAUUUUAUCAGUUCCCAUAAUGAAAACCGUAAUGCAUACAAAGAAAACAUUCCAGGCCAUCAGAAGCCCCAGUUCCCUUCUCACUAACAUGAGGCUGGAGGGCAUUAGAGGCCAAGGAAGUUGUAUUGAUGCAAAGAAUGUGGAAAACAGAACUGGGCCCUGAAAAAUUUAAUUACAUCUUUCCCCCAUUUAUUUUCUUCUUCAAAAAAGUCUAAGAAAGACAAUUCUCAAUAGCUACACAGGGUGUCUUUUUUUUCUUCUUUUGAAUAUUGUGAAACUUUUAAAGUUUUAUUCUGGAUGAGCAAGCCAGGGAUCCAGAAGGUUUCCAAUGGGAUCUAAGUCCAUGGAGCUUUCAUCUCUGUUCCUUCCUUGUUUCUGGAAAGUUGAAACCACUCUGACCUUGCUUCUACAGCUCCCUGAGGUUGGGUGGGUGAGAGCAGAAGCACAGCAGUGUUCUGUUCUGAAGACAGAUUGGGAUCCAAUUGCUUUGAGAAAACUCAGUAGCAUGACACUGGAGUGGAAAAAAAAAACCCUCUUCUGAUAAAAAUUUUAGCGUUCUAGUUAAAUUCUCCAUUCUUCUUCUCCCCCUUACAGGGAACUUAACACUUGAGCAUAAACUCCAGGCCUUCUUUAGGGGCACAGGGCUCGACUCAGUUGCCUAAACGUGGGUGUCCACUGUCACUUGAGACACCAUAGAGUAUCCUCUGCCAGGUCUGACACAGAUGGUGGGGAGAGGCAUAACUCUGGCCCAGGCAGGGCUGGUGUCACAGCCCCCAGCCCCAGAGGAUGGCAGAGAUCUCAGGUGGCAGGGGACAAUUAGGCAACUUAAUCAAGUCCAUUUCUAAAGGGCUAAUUGAGAGGAGCAGCACCAAUGACUGACGUAAUGAGGGAAUCUUCAUUAGCUUUACCAAGGGCUUCGUUAGGCAGGAUCAGGAGCCUGUGUCCAUACUCCCAUGCUGUUGUUUUUCUACCCCACAUCAGGCACUCUGCCUCCACUCCUGUGGCCUGAAGCUGGCAGCGUUCUGCCCACUCCUUUCCUUAGGCCAGGAUUAGUGGCUGCAUCCCAGGUCCAGGGGAGCAGGGACAGGCCCAGGCAAGAGCAGGUGUCACUCCACUCAACCACAGAUUUUUCUGCCAGCGUUCCAACAGCCCCUUUCCAAAGCUUUUUCCUCUUCAACACAGAACCACAAACUCAGACACCAUUUGGCAUCGUCAUUCAGGUGAUUAAAUAUCUGUAUUUUUCUGUUAGCUCUUUCCAAUUAGGCUGAAAUGCUUUCAGUAUUUUAAGCAUCCUAAGUCAGUCUGCUCCCAUCUCAAGCACUUAGGUAGACUGGCAGCCAAUAUUAUCUAAACAUCAUCAACUUUAUGAUUGCUCAUAGAAAUGAUUGUUUCAAGCUUAUUUAGUCUUAACAGUUUGAAUGUGGGAAGAUUUUUGGAGGAGGAGGAGUGAGAUUGUAAAUAUCUCUGACAAACAUUGCUGCAUCACACACAAAAAAAGGGGAGAUACAAAACUGCCUUAAAAAUCAAUUCCGAAUGAUGAAUCUCCCUCCAAACAAUUGCCGCUUGACAGAGCAAGGGAUGAGUCACUUUGGGUGAAUUCUGGCAAGAAGUGGUUGGAAUUUAGUCUGGUUUCAGGAGCAAAAGUGUAAUUUAGGAGCUGAUCUCUCACUCAGUCUGAAUUCACAUCAGCACCAAGGACUGAGUACUGCAGGAUCCAAAGGGUUUGAGCACUGGUGGGUGCUGUCUGUGCAUUGUUUGGGUCUGGCCUGGCACGUACUGCGUACUGGUGUCUCCCAGUGACUUCAGGGAAGAUGGGGUUCUUCAGCACCUCUUCAGUUCAGGCCCUGGAGCACCAUUUCCUCCUCUGAUCAUCAGCUAUAAAUGUUGAUAAAUAUAAGUGUUUUGCCUUCAUUUGAAUUGCCCAGAGCUGUAAAAUGACCUCUCUUAAGUAUAAAUCAGUCCAGAUAUAAACCUCCUCUCCCACUCUUCCCUACACUCCCCGCCCACCUUCCCAGCCCUCCCUCGCAUCUCCACCCGGCCCUUCCCUGUCUCAAUUCUUUACCUCCUUCCACACUUUUAUAUCUAGUUUUCAUGAACCCACAGAAAUGCUUUUGUAAAUACUGCUGUACAGUUUGUAACCGUCAUGUAAGCCUGUCAUCAGUGCCAGAGUCCGUCUUGCCCUCUCGCACGUUUUAAAAUCAACAGAGGAAAGUCAGAGCGAAUGGCCCGCCAGUGAGCUAUAGGGUCAUAUCUGUGUGGGACAAAUGUAUAUUCCUGUAAGAUUGCAUUUUUAUCUAAGGAAUGAUGUUAUUUUAAAAUUGCUAAUAAAUUUCUAAACAAUGUC